AUGUCAGUUCCUUAUGGUACAUAUAGGAACAAUGGAAGAGUCUCAGAUGGGGGUGUUUAUGGAAACACAAGAUUUAGUCAGGACUUAACAGAGGAUAAACUACACAUUCCUGCACCAAGCCCUCUACCAGGAACAACUGAUCCUGUUCCUUAUGUUUUAAUAGGGGAUGAUGCGUUCCCUCUGUUGGAGAAUAUCAUGAAGCCAUAUAGUCAUGCCAAUCUUACUAAAGAACAACAGAUAUACAAUUAUAGGGUGUCACGAGCCAGAAAUGUAGUGGAAAGGACCUUUGGCAUGUUGUCAUCUAGGUUUCGUAUUUUACACUCGACAAUCAAUCUAUCCCCAACUAAAGUGUCCAAAAUAAUCCUUGCAUGUUGCUACUUGCAUAAUUAUAUGAGUGGAGAUGGAGAACAAUAUGUAGAAAUUAUCAGUAGAAGGCAGCUCAUUCCUUUUGAACCAACUGUUCAACAGUCUUCAUUGUCAGCCAAGGAUGUACGCAAUAAGUAUUGUCAGUAUUUCAAUGGCCCAGGAUGGAUGCCAUAG